GGAGAAAGGCGAAUCGACGCGUUUUGAUUGGCCGGCCGGGCAUCUCCAUGUGAUUUUCCCCCCCAUUCGACAUGGCGGCGUCCAUGGCGCAGCGAUUCCUGCACUUACUGCCCAGCUCCUUCCGAAGCGGCUACCGCCCCCUCCGAAAAACGCCAAGGCCGGGAAAGGAGAGGAAACUCAGUAGCUCUGCUGGGGUCCCGAGGCGCAGCCGGAACCUGCUGUACGAGCAUGUGCGUGAAGGCUACAGCGCGCGCCCCCAACUGGACAUGGAGAGGCUGUGCGCGCACCCAGAGGAAGCGGCGCGCGCCUUGGAGCACCGCAAGGGGGAGCUGAGACCCGCCGACCUGUCGGAGAUUAUUUCUACUUGGCAGUCCCUGGGAAGACUGAGGGAAGAGAUCCGAGCUCUGGAGGAGGAGAAGGCAGCUGUGGCCCAGAAGAUAAAAGCUCUAGUGGUCAGCCAGGACAAGGAUUUCCUCCAGCAGGAUCCCAUCUUUCAGAACGCCCGGGCCCAGGGCAGGGUGAUCCGGACACAGCUGGCCGGCCUCUAUGCCAACGAGGCCCAUCUGGAAGAGCUUUUCUACACGCGGGCUCUCCGACUCCCCAACCAAACCCACCCUGAUGUGCCUGUUGGUGACGAGAGCCAGGCCCGGAUCCUGGAGGUGGUGGGAGAGAAGCCAACCUUUGCCUUCCGGCCUCGGGGCCACCUGGAGAUUGGGGAGAAGCUGGAUAUCAUCCGUCAGAAGCGUCUGUCCCACGUUUCUGGGCAGCGAUCUUACUACCUGCGUGGUGCGGGGGCCUUGCUGCAGCACGCUCUGGUCAACUUUACCCUCAGCAAACUCGUCCAGAGGGGCUUCACAGCCAUGACAGUGCCAGACAUGCUCAGAGGAGCCGUGUUUGAGGGCUGUGGGAUGAGCCCCAAUGCCAAUCCCUCUCAGAUCUACAACAUCGACCCCUCCCGAUUUGAGGACCUCAACCUGGCAGGGACAUCAGAAGUGGGGAUUGCAGGAUAUUUCAUGGAUCACGCAGUAUCUUGGAAGGACCUGCCCAUCAGGGUAGUCUGUUCCAGCACCUGCUAUAGGGCCGAGACGAACACGGGGAAGGAACCUUGGGGGCUCUUCCGAGUCCACCACUUCAGCAAGGUCGAGAUGUUUGGACUGACAUGUUCAGGGACAGAGCACAGCUCGGGGCUGCUGGAGGAAUUUGUGUCCUUGCAGAAGGAGAUCCUGACAGAGCUGGGCCUGCACUUCCGAGUCUUGGACAUGCCCACCCAAGAGCUCGGCCGUCCUGCCUACCGCAAGUUUGACAUCGAGGCCUGGAUGCCAGGCCGAGGCUGCUUUGGGGAGGUCUCUAGUGCCUCAAACUGCACAGAUUUCCAAAGCAGGCGACUUCACAUGAUGUACGAGACAAAGACUGGAGAUUUGCAGCAUGUGCACACGGUCAAUGGGACAGGCUGUGCAGUACCGCGGAUCCUCAUCGCGAUCUUAGAAAACAACCAGCAGAAGGAUGGCUCAGUGCUCGUGCCUGGGGUCCUCCAGCCCUACCUGGGCACUGACCGGAUCUCCACCCCUACACACACCCACCUCCGAUACAUUGGUCCCAACCAGCCACGGUCCUCCUGAGCUUGUCCGCCUGCAUGUCCAGUCCAGUGACUAGGGGACACCUGCCCCAUCCCCACCAGUCCCUUCAGCACUGAAUGAAGCGGCAGGCACCGUCCGGCCACCAAAUGAAGGCUGCCAAUGAGGAAGCCCGUCCUUGCCUUACAGGGCUUGCUCACAGAGCAGGAGGCAGAGCUCAGACCCCCUCUGCUGGCCGCCUAGGGGAGGAAGAAGUUGGGGGGGGGUGACACUGUUCUGUCCCCUUUCCCCGUGGGCACAAUAAACUCCAGUGUGGCCA